CCCCGGCGCGCCGUGGGCGGAGCCCAGCACAGCCCGCCGCCGGCCGGUGGGGUCUCCGGGCCCGCGCUGAGCGGGUUCCCGCGGCUGCCGGGGGACGCGAGGCGGGGACCAUGAGCGUGGGCUUCAUCGGCGCCGGCCAGCUGGCCUGCGCGCUGGCGCGGGGCUUCACGGCCGCAGGCAUCCUGUCGGCUCACAGGAUCAUGGCCAGCUCCCCGGAAAUGGACCUGCCCACGGUGUCCGUGCUCAGGAAGAUGGGUGUGAACCUGACGAGAAGCAACAAGGAGACAGUGAGGCACAGUGACGUCCUGUUCCUGGCCGUCAAGCCGCACAUCAUCCCCUUCAUUCUGGAUGAGAUUGGCGCCGACGUGCAAGCCAGGCACAUCGUGGUCUCCUGUGCGGCCGGCGUCACCAUCAGCUCUGUGGAGAAGAAGCUGAUGGCAUUCCAGCCGGCCCCCAAAGUGAUCCGCUGCAUGACCAACACGCCUGUGGUGGUGCGGGAGGGCGCCACGGUGUACGCCACGGGCACGCACGCCCUGGUGGAGGACGGGCAGCUGCUGGAGCAGCUCAUGCGCAGCGUGGGCUUCUGCACCGAGGUGGAGGAGGAUCUGAUUGACGCCGUCACCGGGCUCAGCGGCAGCGGCCCCGCCUACGCGUUCAUGGCCCUGGACGCGCUGGCUGACGGCGGGGUAAAGAUGGGCCUGCCGCGGCGCCUGGCAGUCCGACUGGGGGCCCAGGCCUUGCUGGGAGCUGCCAAGAUGCUGCUGGACUCGGAGCAGCAUCCGGGCCAGCUCAAGGACAAUGUCUGCUCCCCGGGGGGAGCCACCAUCCACGCCCUGCACUUUCUCGAGAGUGGGGGCUUCCGCUCUCUGCUCAUCGAUGCGGUUGAGGCCUCCUGUAUCCGAACACGAGAGCUGCAGUCCAUGGCGGACCAAGAGAAGAUCUCCCCGGCUGCCCUUAAGAAGACUCUCCUGGACAGAGUGAAGCUGGAAUCCCCCACAGUUUCCACGCUGGCCCCCUUCAGCCCAGGGAAGCUCCUCACAAGAAGCCCAGCCCCGGGAGGCAAGAAGGAGUGAGGCAGCCUUACCCUCCUCUCUGUGAGCCAGAGCCCUCGAUCGGGGGCCCCGUCACCCCUCCCCAGCCAGCUGUGCAAGGAGAGGGCAGGCUCCAGGAGUUUUCAGAUCCUUGUGAUAAAACCUCCUUGAGUCUGGUCAGACCAAGCAGCACUAGUUUCCUCUCCUGUCCCACGCUGGAUGUUUUGUGAGGCUUGUCACGUGUUCUGAAGGUCACUGCUGGAAGCCAGACAGGGCCCUGCACACCUCCCCAGCUGGGGGUGGGGGGUGGGGAAGGCCCGGGGAAGACCUCCAGUUGGGCUCCUCCACCUAGAGCCCACAGCAGGCCUGGCUGGAUGCCAAGGCAAGGAGGCGAGAGAGAAAACACGAACAGGGCUUUUCUCUGAACUGGUAAACGGAAAGGAAGGGAGCAACCUCAUCAUCACAGGCAAAGGUGUACAGAAUCAGACUACGCUUGUGUUUAACCCCUGCUUCAUCGGUGUGCCAUUUAGAGCGUGGUGUUCAUUGCUAAGUCUAGCUGCUUUAAUAAAGGUUAUUUUUUAA